AUGUCGUUAAAGUUCAAUCAAUUUGCCAAUCGUCAUUACUGCCCUAGUCAAUCUACAGAGAACUCAUACACAACUCUGAUCACUCAUUCAAUCUUCAAUCAAUUAGAUAAUAGAAUGAGGAUUGGAUCAACGGCGGAUGAGAGGCGGAGGAAAGCGGUAGAGGAUGAAGUGGUGGGGGAGGAGUACGUGGUUGAGGAUGUUCGAGAUCACGAUCACGGGAGGUUAACGAAACGUCGGAGUCGAUUCACGUUAUUGGCAGGGGAUCUUGACCUAGAUCCGAGUCGCAGAGAUUUCAAUACAGAGAAAUUCAUCGAUGGAAUCAGAGGAUGCUCUCCUGCCCUCUUCAUUCAUCCUCAAAACAGCUGGUAUAAAGCAUGGGAGAAAUUCAUAUUAAUAUGGGCAGUUUACUCUUCUUUCUUCACACCAAUGGAAUUCGGUUUCUUCAGGGGAUUGCCUAAAAACCUCUAUUUCUUAGACAUAGCUGGUCAAAUUGCUUUCCUCAUAGAUGUUGUUCUACAUUUCUUUAUUGCCUACAGAGACACCCAAACUUACAAAAUGAUUUCAAAUCGCAACCUAAUCGCUGUUAGGUACCUCAAAUCUCAUUUUCUAUUCGAUAUACUAGCAUGUAUGCCUUGGGAUAACAUAUACCGGGCUUCCGGAAGAAAAGAAGAAGUGAGAUACCUUUUGCUACUUAGAUUGGUUCGAGUACGCAAAGUCUUGGAAUUCUUUUCAAGAUUAGAAAAGGACAUUCGUGUCAAUUAUCUCUUUUCAAGGAUUAUAAAAUUAAUCGCUGUUGAACUCUAUUGCACGCAUACAGCUGCAUGUAUUUUCUAUUAUUUGGCUACUACUCUGCCAGCUGUCCAAGAAGGAUACACCUGGAUUGGAAGCUUAAAAUUAGGCGAUUAUAGCUACUCAAAUUUCAGAGAGAUUGAUCUUUGGAAACGCUACACAACUUCUUUAUAUUUUGCCAUUGUUACUAUGGCCACAGUUGGUUAUGGUGAAAUACAUGCGGUGAAUAUGAGAGAAAUGAUAUUUGUAAUGAUUUAUGUGUCGUUUGAUAUGGUUUUGGGGGCAUAUUUGAUUGGUAAUAUGACAGCUUUAAUAGUAAAAGGAUCGAAGACAGAAAGAUAUAGAGAUAGAAUGACAGAUCUUCUUAAAUAUAUGAAUAGAAAUAGACUUGGGAGAGAUAUAAGAAAUCAGAUAAAAGGUCACCUUCGUUUACAAUAUGAAAGCAACUACACUGAUUCCACUAUUCUUCGUGAUCUUCCAAUUUCCAUUCGUGCAAAGAUAUCUCAAACGCUAUACAAGUCAUACAUUGAAAAAGUUUCACUUUUCAAAGGAUGCUCUUUGGAAUUCAUCAAUCAAGUUGUAACUAAAGUGCAUGAAGAGUUUUUUCUCCCAGGGGAAGUCAUUAUGGAACAAGGCAAUGCUGUUGAGCAACUUUAUUUCAUCUGUCAUGGUGAACUGGAGGAAAUUGGGAUAUGUGAAGAUGGAUCUGAAGAAACAGUAUCGAUUCUAAAACCUCAUAGUUCAUUUGGAGAGGUUUCUAUUCUUUGUAACAUUCCUCAACCUUACACAGUUCGAGUUUGUGAGCUUUGUAGACUUCUUCGCCUUGACAAACAAUCUUUCUCUAACAUCCUUGAGAUUUAUUUCCAUGAUGGGAGAAAAAUUCUCAACAAUCUUAUAGAGUUUAACGCAUCAGAUGCACGCAUGAAGCAAUUGGAGACAGAUAUCAUUUUACACAUUGGAAAACAUGAAGCAGAGCUUGCACUCAGGGUCAACAGUUCAGCUUUUUAUGGUGAUUUGUAUCAGCUUAAAAGCUUGAUUAGAGCUGGAGCUGAUCCAAAUAAGAAAGAUUAUGAUGGAAGGACACCAUUGCAUCUUGCUGCAUCAAAAGGAUACGAAGAUAUCACUCUUUUUCUUAUUCAAGAAAAGGUAGAAGUCAAUGUUUUAGAUAAUUUUGGGAACACGCCGUUAUUAGAAGCAAUUAAGAAUGGACAUGAUAAAGUGGCUUCCAUAUUAGUGAAAGAAGGUGGAUCAUUGAAGAUAGAUGAUGCUGGUUGGUUUUUGUGUACAAGUGUAGCAAGAGGAGAUAUUGAUUAUAUACGAAGGAUUUUGUCAAAUGGGGUUGACCCAAAUUCAAAAGAUUAUGACUUUAGAACUCCACUUCAUGUGGCUGCAUCACAAGGAUCUUAUAUAAUUGUCAAGUUGUUGGUGGAAGCUGGAGCUAGUGUUCUAUCAAAGGACAGAUGGGGUAAUACUCCACUUGAUGAAGGGAGAAUGUCUGGAAACAAGAUGUUGAUCAAAUUACUAGAAGAAGCAAAAGAUGUUCAGUUGUCUGAACUUCCGGAAGGUUCUCAAGAAAUAACAGAUAAAAUGCAUCCUAGGAAAUGUACAGUAUACGCAUUUCACCCAUGGGAACAUAAGGACAAAAGCACGUGUGGAGUGGUUUUAUGGAUUCCACGAACAACAGAGCAACUUAUAAAAACAGCAGCCGAACAAUUGAAGUUGGAAAGUUAUGACACUUGUUGUAUAGUAACAGAAGAUGCAGGUAAAAUUCUUGAUGUUGAUAUGAUUUUAGAUGGACAAAAGUUGUAUUUGAUUAGUGAAGAAUGAGUGUGUGGUUUGUGUAUCAUUUUGAUUAUGUAACACAAACAUUGCAAUAUAAAUAAAUUUCAUCUUAAGUUUCAACCUUUAAAUACCCA